ACCUUUUCCACAUCAGCUUUCAUUCUGAGCAGCCAAAAGCAUCCAGAAAAGACAACCUUAACCAAACAAGAUGUCUCUCAGUUCCGCCGAUGCCAGCCAUGUGAAGGGCCUCUGGAGCAAGGCCAAGGGCAAAGCCGAAAGCCUCGGCAAAGAGUCUCUCCAAAGGAUGUUCUGCGCCAGCCCUCAAACCAAAACUUACUUUGCUCACUGGGGUGAAAGCCCUCAGGACUCCCCAAACGCUGCCGUCCAUGGCAAAAAGAUCUUCGACGCCAUCAAUGAUGCUGUCGAUCACAUCUCUGACAUUCACGGGGCUCUGAGCAAACUGAGCGACCUGCACGCCACAAAACUGAAAGUUGAUCCUGCUAACUUUAAGAUCCUGUCCCACAACAUCCUUGUGACCCUGGCCAGGAACUUCCCUAGUGACUUCACUCCUGAGGUUCACCUGUCCUUCGACAAGUUUCUGGAUCAGGUCGCUCUGGCUCUGGCUGAGAAGUACAGAUAAGCCUCACAAGGUGGAAGAGCCUUCCGAAAACUCUGACCAACUGUGUUCCUUCUCAUUGUUACCGUAAUGGUGAUUUCAAACUAAAUUUUGGAACAAUAAAACCUGUUUGCUCAACUCGCA